AUGAAUUCUCAGAGAAAGUGCGUUGUCAUAAAGAAUGGCUCACAUACUACAGUUGCUGGGUUCAGUAAUACAGAGCUACCACAGUGUAUUUUACCUUCGAGUUAUAUAAAGCGUGACGAUGAAUAUAUCUUUGGGAAGAUAGAUAUGCUAGAAGUUGCUAGUGAGAGGGACGCUGCGAAGAAAGGCGAAGUUUACACAAUAAUUGAUGAAAAUGGUGUUCCAUACAAUUGGGAAGCUUUAGAGAGACAAUGGAAGUAUAUCUUUGAAAAUGAAUUGAAAUGUAAAUCCGAUGAAUUUCCAUUGGUGAUCACUGUACCAAUUAUGAAAGAUGCUGUGGCAUUGAGAGUCAUGGAGAGAUAUUUUGACUUGGCUUUUAAUAAGUUCAAUGUGCCCGUUUUACAAGUUAUAAUUGAACCUUUAGCAAUUGCGUUAUCAAUGGGUAAAAGUUCUGCUUUAGUCGUGGACCUAGGAUCUUCCAGUUGUAAUGUUACUCCAGUUAUAGACGGUACUGUAGCUAAGAAUAGUGUACUAAAGAGCAAAUAUGCGGGAGAUUUCUUAGAUUAUCAAAUUUAUGAAAAAUUAAAAUCUAAAAUUGAGACUGAUGAAGAAGGUGAUAUUGAUACAGGCAUGAAAACUUCUACUGACGUUUGGUUAGAUUCUAGUACAUGGAUUCAAGAAUUUAAAUCUACAAUGCUACAAGUUAGUGACAAGGAUUUACUGGAAUUAGAAAGAUAUUAUAAAGAACAAGCUGAAUUGUAUAUCAAACAACAGGAAGAAUUACAAAAAUAUCAAAAUAUUACAUCUGCCAACGGUAACAUCAUGACCACAUUAAAUCCUGCUACGAUAGCAUCAAUAAAUACUAAUAAUCCAUUGACUGUCAAGAAACAUUUUCUUUUCAAGCCGAAAAACAGGACAGUUACUAUGGAAACACGUGAAUGCUUUGCAAUGUCAGAAUAUUUAUUUAAUCCACAGUUAGCCAACGAGAAUUUUUCCUCAGAGGAUGGAUUAGGUGAGAUUAUUGGUAAAUCUAUAAAGAAAGCUGCGGCAAGUAUAAGUUCUAGUGGAGUGAAUACAUUAGGUAGUGCUGGAGCAGCAAUGACAUUACAAGGGUUGAAACGUUCCCAAAUGAAUGGUAGUAGUACUAGUAAUUCUAGUGGUAAUGAGAAUAGUGCUGCUACUACAGCAAGCUCAACUACGCCUGAGCAGAUAUAUUCUACUCUUUUAACCAAUGUUAUUAUAACAGGAUCAACGUCACUAAUUUCUGGAAUGGAACAAAGAAUCAUAAAAGAAUUAUCUAUACGAUUCCCACAGUAUAAACUGACUACGUUUGCCAACCAAAUUAUGAUGGAUCGUAGAAUCGAAGGAUGGAUUGCAGCAACGUCCAUGGCUAAUUUACCAUCAUGGGAAUUAGGUAAAUGGUAUUCAAAAGAAGAUUAUGAAUUACAGAAGAAAAACUCAUUGAAACAGAAAUGA